UGCUCCUUCAGAAAGCAGAGUAAGGAUCCACGCCAGAUUUUGGAGCUCAUCUGAAGUACAUUAAACCCUGGAGAAGAAGGAUCCUGUGUAGUCCCGCUGCCCUGGCGCUCUGCUGAGAGCUCCCAUUCGCUGUCACAGCUACACCCAUACAAGUAGCUGCAGCUCCUCCAGCAGACUUCCACUGUUUUUGUGUCAAAAUAUUUUUCCACACUCCAGAGGGCAAGAGAGAGGGAGAGUGGAAGAGGUCUGCGCUUUCUCCAUAAGAACUUGGAAAUAUAAAUAGUCAGGGGGAGAUCCCGACUUGCAAAGAAAUCCUCAUCCCUAUCGUUCCUCUUGGCGUGUGCAGAGGAGGCUUCAAGGCCGAGGGAGCAGCAGUCGCGUAAAUACAGGAAACAUCUGAAGAUUUUCCAGGGCUCAGCCAAAGGAAAUACAGCUCUGAACAGCAGACGCAACUCUGUCAGGGAUUAUUGUAAGAGAAUCACAAUCUCAUUAGUCGAUCAGCAUGUCACGCUGGGGGCGAAAAAAUGUGAAGAAAGCGCCGGAGGUGAUCCGCACUGUGACAGAAGGACUGAAGUCCCUGUAUCGUAAGAAGCUGAUGCCUCUGGAGGAGUACUAUGGUUUCCAUGACUUCCACUCCCCCAGUCUGGAGGAUGCAGAUUUCGAUAACAAGCCCAUGGUGCUGGUGGUGGGUCAGUACUCCACAGGGAAGACCACCUUCAUCAAGUAUCUACUGGAGCAGGAUAUUCCCGGGAGCAGGAUCGGACCGGAGCCCACCACCGACUGCUUCACCGCCAUCAUGCAUGGCGAGGUGGAGGGGGUCAUCCCCGGGAACGCCCUCAUCGUGGACCCCAACAAACCUUUCCGGAAACUCAACCCGUUCGGAAACACCUUCCUCAACAGGUUCCAGUGUGCCCAGAUGCCCAACCAGGUCCUGGAGAGCAUCAGCAUCAUCGACUCCCCGGGGAUCCUGUCCGGGGCCAAGCAGAGAGUGAGCCGAGGUUACGACUUCCCAGCCGUGCUGCGCUGGUUUGCCGAACGCGUGGACCGCAUCAUCCUGCUCUUCGAUGCCCACAAGCUGGAGAUAUCCGACGAGUUCGCCGAGGCCAUCGGCGCCCUGAAGGGCAACGAGGACAAGCUGCGGGUGGUCCUCAACAAGGCCGACAUGGUGGGCACCCAGCAGCUGAUGCGGGUGUACGGUGCUCUCAUGUGGUCCCUGGGGAAAGUGUUCAACACCCCCGAGGUCCUGCGCGUCUACAUCGGCUCCUUCUGGUCAGAGCCCCUGAUGGUCACCGACAACCGGAAGCUGUUUGAGCUGGAGGAGGAGGAUCUGUUCGCCGACAUCCAGAACCUUCCUCGGAACGCCGCCCUACGGAAGCUCAACGACCUGGUCAAGAGGGCUCGUCUGGUUCGGGUCCACGCCCACAUCAUCAGCUACCUGAAGCAGGAGAUGCCCUCUGUCUUCAGAAAAGACAAUAAGAAGAAGAAUCUGAUCUACCAGCUGCCAGUGAUCUUCUCCAAGAUCCAGCUGCAGCACAACAUUUCUGCUGGAGACUUCCCAGACUGUACUAAGAUGCAGGAGCAACUGAUGGUUCACGACUUCAGCAAAUUCAAAACCCUGAAGCCUCACCUGAUGGCCGCGCUGGACGAGCUGUUGGCCUCCGACAUCGCCACGCUGAUGCCUCUCCUGCGGCAGGAGGAGCUGGAGGCCGGCGACCAGCCCGGCGUGCAGGGCGGAGCCUUCAUGGGGAACCGGGUGGGCCCGUUCAACGAGGGCGACCCCUUCGCCGAGGAGAACGGAGAGGGCGUGGACGGCGAGGAGGAGGACUGGGUGGUGACCAAAGACAAGCCCAAGUACGAUGAGAUCUUCUACAACCUGGCGCCCAACGAGGGGAAGCUGAGCGGCCCCAAGGCCAAGGACUGGAUGGUGAGCUCCCGCCUGCCCAACUCCGUGCUGGGCCGCAUCUGGAAGCUGUCGGACGUGGACCACGACGGGAUGCUGGAUGACGAGGAGUUCGCUCUGGCCAGUCACCUGAUCGAGGUCAAGCUGGAGGGCCACGGUCUCCCCCCCGAGCUGCCCAGCCGCCUGAUCCCCCCGUCCAAACGCAGGCAGAAGGGCUCCGAUGCGUAGACACGAGCCCCUGAGAGAGACUCUCCUCUACCGGCCGUCACAUCUCUGCAACUCUUCCUAUUCGCUCUUGCCCCCCCCCCCCCUCUCCCCAGACCA